AUGUCUGAUGCUAAAUUUGUGAAUGUGCCUCUUGCUUUCCACUUUGUGUUAAAUAAGAAUCAGUAUCCUAAGACUGAAACUGAAAUAACUGAAAUGAAGAAUGUGCCUUAUUCCAAUGCUAUAGGGGCUGUUAUGUAUCUCAUGAUUAGUAUUAUGCCUGAUGUUGCAUAUACAGUUAGUUGCUUGAGUAGUUUUAUGUAUAACCCUCGUACUAAGUUGGUUGGUUAUGUGGAUUCCAAUUAUGCUAAUGAUAGGGAUAAUAGAAAGUCUAUUACUUCCUGUGUGUUUACUUUGUGUGGCUCUUGCAUAAGUUGGAAGUCUCAACUUCAGCCCAUUGUUGCUUUAUCUACUACAGAAUCUGAGUAUAUAGUUGUCACUGAAACUUUUAAGGAAGCAAUUUGGCUUAUGGCUGUUUUGUCUGAAAUUGGUUUUCUUGACAAUAAUGUGGUUGUGUUUUCUGAUAGUAAAUCUUCUAUUCAACUCUGGAAAGCUCUCUUUAAGGUUCGUCCUUUGUGGGCAUGGCAAGCUUUAUGA